CAGAAACUUACGUUGUUCUUGGCAUCUUCUCACUCAUUCUCUCUCUUCAAUUACUGCUUCUACUGCAAUGUCAGUCUCAUGUGCUCUAUCCUCGGCUCAUACUUCAUCAACCACUAAUCCAUUUUAUCUAUAAUUCCCCCUGCAUUUCUCAUUAUAUUUACACUCAAUGCUGCUUCAUUCAGCUCAACCCAAUUUCUCAUAUAGAUUAUACAUGUAUAUAUAAACUGUAGUUGAGUGUUCUUACUUGGUUUAGCUACAUGGGUUUCAAGUGUUUGGUUAUGUUUUGUUGGUUCUUUGUGGGAUUAGUUUUUAUAGUUACUUGUGAUGCUGCUGCAGAGGAGGUGACUGUGAAGUUGUUGAAGACUCCCAGGGCUAUUACCAAUCAAAAUGCUGCUAAAUUUGCAUUUGAAAUUUUAGUGGGUAGUAAUGGAAAUGCCUGCACAAAUUGCACAACUAAUUGCAAGCUAAACGAUCACUUACCUUUAGGUUGUGAAUCAGGAGAAGUUACUUAUGCUAGACUGAAAGACGGAAAUCAUACAUUUGAAGUUUGCACCAAAGGCGUCUAUGGAGUUGUAUGCUCUAGCUAUACAUGGAUUGUUGAUACAGUCCCCCCCACAGCAUUUGUUGCAGCUGCAAAAUCUUUUACAAAUGAAACAAAUAUUUCUGUGAAUGUAUCCUUCAGCGAAUCCUGCAGUGGGCUAGGUGGUUUUCAAUGUACUUCUGUAGAUUCCUGCAACCUUCUUGUUUAUGGUGCUGGCCAAGUAAUCCCAUCCACACUAAACAUUAUUCAGCCAAACCUCACAUAUUCUCUCAUGGUGAAUUUGUCUUCAAGUGUUCAGUAUGGAAGAGUUAUACUGGUCAUGGAUAAAAAUUUCUGUACAGAUGCUGCUGGCAACAAAUUUUCAAGGAGUCAGAAUUCAUGGUUUAUUCUACAUUUUGAUAGGAGAACUGCGGUAGUCAACCUAAGAACACAUAUACCUGAAAGAUUGCUUCAACUUGGCAGAGAAACUAGAACAGUACAAGCAACUAAUAUUCACAAGAAUUUAGAGCUGUAUUUGUACUUCAAUAAGCCAGUUAUUAACUCAGCAACUGAAAUUUCUAACUCCAUCCACACAACGCAAGGAUCACUACUUCCUAUCAGUGGGGAUAGCCUAGGAAAUCACAGAUUUGGAUUCAAGGUCAAUAAUAUAUCCAGCUUGGCUAUAGUUACAGUGAGCCUUGAUUCAGAUUUAUUAGCUAGCAGAUAUGGGUCUACAGUUUCUCCGGUGGCACCAAUUACUUUUCUUUUUGAUUCUCAAAGGCCUGCUGUAAGGUUAAGCACAACCUCUAAUAUGAGAACAAGGCAUAAGAGUCUGCCAAUUUUGAUAAGGUUCAUGAAACCUGUAUUUGGCUUCAAUUCUUCUCAUGUAUCAGUCUCCGGAGGCUAUGUGCAGGGCUUCCGUGAGGCAAGUCUGAGCUCGUACAGUGUAGACAUUCAUAUUCAAGAAGAUGGUGGCAUUGUAUCAAUUAGUGUUCCUGAAAACAUUACUAAAGAUGUUGCUGGAAAUAGAAACCUAGCAUCUAACAUACUACAAGUGAAACAUUAUUCACUGCCUGCAAUAUCGUUGGUUCUUUCUUCCUUUGCAACUGCCACUUUUAUUGUGACAGCCUUGUCUGCAGGGCUGCUCACAAUUUCAGUUGCAAGCCUUCAGUCCAUAGGGGCUUUUGGUAGACGAUCUUCUUCAUUGACUACUGAUCCUACGAGGAACCUCUUUCGCAUUGCAUGCCACAUCCAGACAUUUGCACUUUCUAGAUGGUUGGCAGUUACCCUGCCAGUCGAAUAUCAUGAAUUUGCCAGAGGUUUACAGUGGAGCAUCCCUUACUUCAGCCUUCCAUGGGACAUAGGCCACACACAGUCAGUUAUAGUGCCUUCGAUUUGGCCUACAAACCCACAUUCAUCCAGCUCCAAAUUUGUUCACUUGGGAACUUCACAACAUGUAGAACCAACUAGUGAGCAUGCAGAUGUUGCUACUUCACUAUAUGGUUUGCCACUUUCUCCCGCAGAGUACAGGUCAUUUUUUGAGAGCCAAAAUAUUCCAGAAGCUGAAUAUGUUUCAAAUGCAAAUGAAUCUGAUGGAUGGAGUGAUUUCAAGAAGAGUAUGUUUUGGUUAGCCGUGCUUGGUGGUAGCUUGUUAUUGUUACAUGUUCUCCUCUUAUUGAUUCUCAAGUUCAGAAAAACGAAAACAGAAAAACAAAAGAUUUAUGGAGCACUGGUUUUGCCAAGAUUUGAGAUCUUUCUCAUUAUUCUUGCACUACCUUGUGUCUGUGAAGCAUCGGCAGCCCUGCUGAAAGGAGGAUCAACAGCAGGGACUAUAGUUGGGAGUCUAUUGCUGGCAGCUGUCUCUUUUGCAGUUUUAGCUUUAUUCUUAUUCCUGUCAGCAGGUAUAACAUAUGGGAAGCUACUUCAGUACAAGGAAGUGCAUAAAGAGGGCCAGAAAUCACAUUGGUAUCAAGAACUCAUUCGAGUUACUUUAGGUCCUGGAAAAAGGGGCCAGUGGACUUGGAUAAACCAGUCCAACUCUGUGUAUCUUACAAAAUUUGGACCUCUAUUUGAAGAUGUAAGAGGCCCUCCUAAGUACAUGCUUUCCCAGUUUGUUGCAGAGAGUUCACAUAUCAGUGGUGAUAGAAUCAUUGCCUCAGAUGACGAAACAGAAGAUGCAGAAGCACCUUUUAUCCAAAAGUUGUUUGGGAUUUUGAGGAUAUACUACACACUAAUCGAAACUAUAAAACGUGUCUGUCUCGGUAUAUUAGCAGGUUCCAAUUCAGAAAAUUGGUCUUCUAAAGCUCCUACAAUCAUCUUACUCUGCAUCACUUCUUUCCAACUCUUCUUCAUGGUUCUGAAAAAGCCCUUCAUUAAAAAAAAGGUUCAGUUGGUCGAGAUCAUCUCCGUUUCUAGUGAAUUGGGCAUUUUUGCUAUUUGUUUUGUUCUAUUAGAGAAGACAUUUUCAGCCAAGGAUGAAAAGAACAUUGGCAUAUGCAUGCUUGCAUUGUUUUUGCUUGCCUUUUUGCCUCAAAUCAUGAACGAAUGGUAUGCAUUGUAUCGGCAGACACAACAGCUAGAUCCAGCAGGGAAAUCUUUAUGGAAGGGUCUGAAGGCCGCAUUAGUUGGAUUUCUGUUGUACUUCAUUCCACAGAAGCUGAUGAAAAACGCGUACAACAGCCUAGAACUUGACAAAUUUGGAGAUAAAGUACUAGCUGAUCCUUCUUCUUCUGGCGACAGGAAUAGGAGCUCAGGCAGCAGAGCGUCGAGUGGAAAUGAGAAACCGUGGAUGAAACAGUUGAGAGAACUAGCCAAGUCUAGCUUCAGCAAAGAUACAAGUGGAACUCCAAAUGAUCCUUCAACUAGUGGCACCAGAUGGAGUGGUUUAUGGGGCGGUACUAGGGGAAGUCGCAGCUCAUCCUUGAGUACCUCAGGAGAGACCAAAUCAAAACCAAAAGGUUUGUACAAAGAUCUAGAAGCCAUUUUUGCAUCAAAGUGAGAUGAAAGCUUUUAAUAGAACAGAAAAAAGGACUGCUGCUCAUAAGAAACUUCAGAACAUGCAAAGGGACAACAUUUGUAGAUAUGUUUAGUAUUGUAGCAAUGCCUCUGCCAGGGCAUUACGUGGUUUGAACAUUAUUAAAGGCAUGAAUGUGGGAGCUUACUGCUAGCUCUUUUACUGGUGCAGCACAAGUAAGCAAUUCAUGCCUGUUUAUGGACUUGUAGAUUACUAAUCAACCUCUCUUUGCUAAUAAUCAAUCUGAUUGCCAAAUACAACAAUUUUUUACUUGGUGCAUAA